GGCCGUCCCCUUGCCAAGUGGCAGCGGUGGCAGUUAAGGAGUUAAACAGUAGGCAGUGCUAGAGGCCUGCAAAUAGAAUAUUCCUCUGUGGAGCUACAGCAGGAGCAGCAGAGAGAGGCAGAGAGCGAGAGCCAGCCAGCCAGCUGGAUAGAGAUGUUAAGUGAGGAAGCCCGGAAAACAAUCUCGCAGCAGUUGUGAGCCGCAGCAGGGGCUGGCCGCAGAGCAGGGCUUGAUAACCAUCCUUCCUUCCUGGCUUGGUGGCACCCGCAGAGCCAGGGGUGAGCCAGACCGUCUUCCCUGACAAGCACCGUGGAUCCCUGGAUGCGUAGUGGAUGCCCAGAGCUGGUGUGUGGCUCGGAUGAACGAGGGGGUCUCUGCAGUGCCUGGGUCUGAGCCUUCCCAUCUCGCCAGAAGCACCCGGUCCCUGGAGCAGCUGCGUCUGCAGACAGCCCACGUCGGCUCGACCCUCUGGCAGACCACCAAGAUCUUGAUCGAGCCGUAACGGAGAAGGGUCUGGACUGGCACGACUUGGGUCACCCCGGCACGUCACUCGACGAUGCUGCCUCCUCCGUCUGGGCUCCCCUGGGAGUCAGGGACCGUGGAGUCGAGACGAAGGCGGUCCUUUAUCCUCUGAAGACUUCACAAAGGCUCCAGCCCUGGGGUAGAGCUUUCUGAUUUGGAUGCUGCAAUGAAUGGCGGGUCGAUGAACAAAAGGCCCAAGCAUCACUUUGUACCCAGAAUGCCCUGGGUUACCUUUCCAUUUUUACCGCUGAAAGAAGAGAUCUUGCCUCUUGUACUCAAGAGAAGGUUCUGAAAGGUCAGACUGGAAGUUGGCAACAGAGACCUCACCAGCAGAUCCACCUUUGCUUCCCCAAAGACUCCAAUCUUGCGGCCAGUGGAAGCUCCGGGCCGCUCUUUGGGGGAUGGUUAAUGGGAGACAAAGGAAAUGGAGCCGCGUUGGAGAAAGUGCCGCCUUUUUCAGCCCCAGAGCAUUAUCUAAAAUAAGAUAACCCAUGUUUCCUCGCCAAGGCUAGGACCUGGCAGGAACGCAGGAUGGUGAGUUAUUUUUGUACAAGUUAAAGACACAAACAGCUUGAAGGUGCCAACUGGAAUUGUCCCUUGCUUUAAAUACCACUGCGGACCUGCUGACAAUAGAGGGUUGUCUGCCUGGCACGAAGACUCUGAUAUCAGCCUUUGGAGUUCUGGUUCCUAGCUUGGAAAUUCGUUCGCAAGCCUGGAGCCGCCGCUGCUUUUUGUGUUGCAGAUUUGCACCUGGUCAAGAAACGGAAUGAAACCAGCAUGGCCAGACUCUUGGUAAAAUUCCAAAGGUACUUCCGGCGGAAACCCAUCCGGUUCUUCAUGCUGAUUGCCCUCUACUUGACCGCUGGCAGCUUGGUCUUCCUUCACGCCAGCUUCACCGGUGAGCCAAGAGUCUCGGAGAAUGCGCCCGGUGCCAACGACGGCACCAGCGGCAGGACCGAACACCAGCAUUUGGGGACGCUGCAGCUUAGCAGGGAGUUUAAAGAGCUGCCGGAGCCUUUGACGACUGCCCGGAGGUACGGGUCCUGGUUUAAAAGCCCCUCCAAGGACACAAUCCUGGGGAGGAACAACCCAGGAGACUACGGGGGGACGUGGAGCAGGGCCCUCAAGGGGAGGAACAUCCGGGAGAAGGAGGAAGACAAAGCCAAGUACAUCGGCUGUUACGUAGACAACAUCCACCGCAGAGCCCUCCGAGGAGUGUCCUUCUUCGACUACAAAAAGAUGACAUUGUUCCGUUGCCAGGACAACUGUGCGGAGCGGGGUUACCUCUUUGCAGGUCUGGAGUUUGGGGCCGAAUGCUACUGCGGGCACAAGAUCCAGGCUGCCAACGUGAGCGACGUGGAGUGCAACAUGCAGUGCAAAGGAGAGAAGAACAACAUUUGCGGGGGGGUGAACCGCCUCUCCAUCUACCGCCUGGAGUUGGCGCAGGAGUCGGCACGGAGAUAUGGCAGCGCCAUAUUCCGAGGGUGCUUUCGCAGGCCAGAAAACGUUUCCGUGGCUCUCCUGGCAAGCCGAGUAAUGAAAAACAUGUCUGUGGACCGAUGUGUGGACUUCUGCACAGGGAAGGAAUACCCUCUUGCAGCGCUGGCUGGGUCCUGGUGCCACUGUGGCUUCCCCACCAGCCUCUUCACUUUGCACGAACGUGAGGAUGAGCAACUGUGUGCCCAGAAAUGCAGCGGCGAAGAAUUCGAGAGCUGCGGCAACUCCAAGUAUUUCAUCGUUUACCAAACUCAAGUGCAAGACAACCGGUGUAUGGACCGAAGAUUUUUAACUACCCGAGUGAAACAAUUCAUUGCCCUCGCCAGCUUUCCUGGAGCGGGCAACACUUGGGCACGGCACCUCAUUGAGCUGGCGACGGGCUUCUACACUGGCAGCUAUUAUUUCGAUGGCUCUCUCUAUAACAAAGGGUUCAAAGGCGAAAGAGACCACUGGCGGAGCGGGAGGACCAUCUGCAUCAAAACUCACGAAAGCGGGCAAAAGGAGAUUGAGGCGUUCGACUCGGCCAUCUUGCUCAUCCGGAACCCGUAUAAAGCGCUCAUGGCUGAAUUCAACCGGAAAUAUGGUGGCCACAUUGGUUUCGCAUCUCAUGCCCACUGGAAAGGGAAAGAAUGGCCCGAAUUCGUCAAGAACUACGCCCCCUGGUGGGCCACCCACACCAUCGACUGGCUGAAGUACGGCAAGAACGUCCUGGUGGUGCAUUUCGAGGACCUGAAGCGGGACCUCUUCGUCCAGCUCAAGAGGAUGGUCAGCCUGCUGGGCAUCGUGGUCCUCGAGGACCGGCUCCUGUGCGUCGAGGGCCAGAAGGACGGGAACUUCAAGCGCUCGGGGCUGAGGAAGCUGGAGUACGACCCCUACACGCCCGAGAUGCGGAAGAUGAUCGGCGGCUACAUCAAAACAGUGGACUCGGCUCUCAAGCUCAGAAACCUCACCGGGGUACCAGCGGACUACUACCCGAGAUGAUGGUCAUCUUCCGGAGGGAUGUGUUUGGCCCGGUGGAAUUAGCCCUGCUCGGAUUGGCUGGGCUGGGCUUCCUCGGCCAGGGAUCACUUCCACCCAGUGGGUGGGGCCAGUUUCGGGACCUCCCUGCCGUUGCUCGCUGUCAGUGGAUCUUCUUGCAUGAGCAAAGAGUCGCCUUCCUCCAUCAUGUCCAAAGAGAAGGACGCCUUGGAAACCACCCCCAGCCCCCACCUUCACCCCGCCUCCAGGCCGUGUCCUUUGGCGGCCCCCACUGACGGCUGUGCAGGGGCCGGGGCCUGCAAAACAAAGCUAUGCUUUGCUGCUGUCUUUUUGUAAAAGCUUUGCUUCCUCGCCCCACCCUGCCCCUUGGCUCUUUGCCAGCCUGUCGUAGCCCCUUCCCCUCUUCCCCACCCCCAGAUAUCAAACAAGGUUUGCAAAGAGCUGCUGUGGCUAAUGAGCCUCCUGGUCUGGGCAUGUGCUCUUCAUCGUCCGUUUGAGAUGGGGAUUCGCACUCGGUGCUCGUGUCUCCGACUAGGCGGGCCGGCCACCAGAUGGGGCCAAGAGAUAUCCCAGAAGUGCAACUGGUCUGACUCCAGACUAUGGAGAUCAGUUCUCCAGGAGGAAGGGGCUGUUUUGGAGAGCAGACUGUGGGCCCCUCCCCUCUGCAGACUGCCCCUUUUUCCCUAGCUUCCCCCCACCCCCAACCCCCCCAGCAUUUCCCGACCUGCAGGUGGCAGCCCCAUCUCUGACCCAGGCCUGCUUCACGCGUGCUGGAGGAUGAGGUGGUCAGAUCUGAAGGUGCUGGACCGGGCUGCGCCGCUUCAGGCUGGAAGAGGGAGGGCUACAUUUUGUAGCAACAGAUUCUCGCAAACAGGGACAGGCGCAGCCAUCAAACGGGUUUGCUCCCCUUUCUCUCUCUUGUGCUAGUUUUCCAUUUGCAAGGAGUUCUUUAGACUAUUCAGAGCUGGGAUCUGCCACCUGCCGUCCAAAGUGGCGUAGCCUCUUCUGCCCUCUGUGCUCUCUACCAACCUGUUCUCCUGUCCUGGGCCCUGCAGGCAGAUUCCUUGAGAAAGGUGGGGUAUAAAUCCAAACCCUUCUUCUUGAUGGAGCUGCAUAUCUGGAGGGUGGCCCCUCUGGGUCUCGGUCGCAGAUGUGUGCUUGUUCCUUGGUUCCUGCUCUGUCUAGUGAUGGCACAAGGGGGCGAGGGGGCCACUGCUGUUUCGCAUCUAGUAGUCGGUCAUCCAAGAGUUGGUUUACACAUGGCGCUUGUGCCACCAAGAUGGCCACCUGUUGAGUGGGUUAAGAGAGAGCUGAGAGAGCUGGACUAGAUGGACUCUGGUCUGAUCCAGCUGGCUUGUUCUUAUGUUCUUAUGUUCUUAAACCCAUGAGCAGAAGGGCUGGAGCACCUUUCCCAAGGGUCAGCCCCGUGGGCACCUGGUGAGGGCGGUCCCGAGUCCCUCCAGUCUUUUCCAGGCUGAGCGGCUGAGGCUGCUUCCUGUCCUGCUAAACUUUCUGGCUGUUUGACCCCUGCUCAAACCAGCAAAGCAGUCCAGGAGGCCCAGCUGUGCAGCACAGCUUGCAGAAAGCUUCUCGGGUUGUCUGUUAUGCCCAUUUUCUACAGUGUUUCUCAAAAUAACUCACUCUGAUUUAUCUAGCCUUGCAAUAGGUCAAGUGGACAGAAAGUGAUAUACUCGGGGCGGGGGGGGGGGGGGAUCCUGGGAUCCUGGGGGCUAAGAAGGGUGGAAAAGCC